AUGUCGGGUAUUUAUCAUGGGAUCAUUUCGCAACUUCAGGUUGCUCAAGGAAAUCAGCUACAUCGAGGGUUUGAAGAGGAGGAUGGAGGAGUCGCGAUUCUGCAGUGGUGGGGGUUCAACGUCACUGUUAUCAUCAUGAACAAGUGGAUCUUUCAGAAACUGGAUUUUAAGUUUCCUCUGACGGUAUCAUGCAUCCAUUUCAUAUGCUCUGCUGUUGGAGCUUAUAUUGCAAUAAAAAUACUGAAGAUUAAACCACUUAUUGAAGUUGAGCCCGAGGACCGCUGGAGAAGAAUAUUUCCGAUGUCCUUUGUUUUCUGCAUCAACAUUGUUCUGGGAAAUGUGAGCUUACGGUACAUUCCUGUUUCCUUCAUGCAGACAAUAAAAUCAUUCACUCCUGCAACAACAGUUAUCCUUCAGUGGCUAGUAUGGAGGAAGUAUUUUGAAUGGCGCAUAUGGGCUUCUCUGGUCCCCAUUGUUGGAGGGAUUCUUUUGACAUCUCUAACAGAGCUUGGCUUCAACAUAUUUGGAUUUUGUGCUGCCUUGUUUGGUUGUCUUGCGACAUCCACAAAGACAAUUCUGGCAGAGUCCCUUCUCCAUGGAUAUAAAUUUGAUAGUAUAAACACAGUCUACUACAUGGCCCCUUUUGCAACCAUGAUAUUGGCGGUACCUGCAGUGUUACUGGAAGGAUCUGGAGUUUUUAACUGGUUUUACACGCAUGAAUCCAUUUUCUCUGCAAUGAUAAUAAUCUUUAGCUCAGGAGUUUUGGCCUUCUGUCUAAACUUCUCCAUAUUCUAUGUGAUCCAUUCCACUACUGCCGUUACAUUCAAUGUAGCAGGCAAUCUUAAGGUAGCAGUUGCUGUUUUGGUUUCAUGGCUCAUCUUUAGAAACCCAAUUUCUGCUAUGAACGCUAUUGGAUGUGCAAUCACUCUCUGUGGCUGCACAUUCUACGGUUAUGUGAGGCAUAAGCUAUCUCAGCAACAAUUACCUGGUACCCCUCGAACUCCUCGAACACCAAGGAAUAAAUUGGAGAUGAUUCCACUUGUAAAUGACAAACUAGAUGAUAAGGUUUAGUCCUCUUGAGUA